AAAUUAAUGUGUUUGUUUAUAUAUAAUUUUCUACCACGUCCUGAUAUUUAAGGAGCAAAGACUUGUUCUCUUCGUCAGAUAUCAAUCUAGGAUUCGCCAUGGAUGUUGAAGAAAGAACGAGCAAGGACAAUUCUCUUUCCCUGAACCUCGAACAAGGUCAAGAAAAGGGUACCAAAAACGACGAUUAUGGUCUCGCUUCUGCUCAUACUAUUGACCACGAUUCAUGGCAACAAGUGGGGUUGAUGCUUGUGACAAGCUUCAAUUGCGGGUGGAUAUUAAGUUUUUCUAAUCUCAUCAUGUGGCCACUCGGUUGGACUUGGGGUAUCAUAUGCCUCCUUCUUGUGGGGCUCUACACUGCUUAUGCUAACUGGCUCUUGGCAGCAUUUCAGUUCAUUGGUGACCGAAGAUUCAUUAGAUACAGAGAUCUUAUGGGAUUUACCUACGGCAAGAGUAUGUACCACCUCACAUGGGCUUUCCAGUUUUUUACCCUUCUUCUUGGAAAUAUGGGUUUCAUCCUCCUGGGAGGCAAGGCACUUAAGGCAAUAAACUCAGAAUUCAGCGAUUCUCCCUUGAGGCUGCAAUACUACAUAAUGAUGACAGGAGCUGCUUACUUCUUCUAUUCAUUUUUCAUCCCAACAAUGUCUGCCAUGAAAAAUUGGUUGGCACCUUCUGCAGUGGUCACUCUCACAUAUAUUAUAUUUCUUCUCAUUGUUUUAGUCAAAGAUGGGAGAUCAAAUUCGAAUAGGGAUUUCAAUAUUAGCGGAAGUGAAGCGAGCAAAGUCUUCAAUGCUUUUGGUGCCAUUUCCGCCAUCAUCGUUAGCAACACCAGUGGAUUGCUCCCCGAGCUACAGUCCACUCUACGUAAGCCAGCAGUGAAGAACAUGAGGAAGGCCCUGUAUUUACAAUAUACGAUGGGAGCAGUGUUAUAUUAUGGUGUCACCGUUAUGGGAUAUUGGGCUUAUGGAUCAGCUGUAUCGGCCUACCUUCCUGAAAACUUAAGUGGUCCCAAAUGGAUUAAUGUCCUCAUUAAUCUCAUCGUCUUCUUACAAUCCAUAGUCUCACAACAUAUGUUUUUAGCACCAAUUCUGGAGGCCUUGGACACUAAAUUCCUAGAAAUAGAUAAGCUCAUGCAUUCAGGGCAGAACUUGAAACGCUUAUUUCUCAUACGCGCGUGUUUCUUCACAGGGAACACAUUUGUUGCUGCAGCAUUUCCUUUUAUGGGUGACUUUGUAAACUUUCUUGGCUCAUUUUCACUCGUUCCUCUCACCUUCAUGUUCCCAAGCAUGGUCUUCAUCAAGGUGAAGGGAAAGACAGCUAGAAUAGAGAAGAAGGCAUGGCAUUGGUUCAACAUCGUUUUUUCUUUUCUGCUCACAAUAGCAACCACAAUUUCAGCAGUGCGGUUGAUAGUCCACAACAUCCAAAAGUAUCAUUUCUUUGCAGAUGCAUGAUUGCCAAUCUCAUGCACCUGUUUGUUUGACUUAAUUCAGCAAGAAUUAUACUUAAAUAGUUAAAGUUAAAUAAAAAAACGGAAUAAAUAAAAUUAUUAUAUCUUUUUCCAUCCAAUUAUUCUCCGGUUUUCUCACCUCUUAGAAGUGCUAUAUUUAUGAUUUGAGCGACCGAGAAAAUGGGUUAGUGACUUUGAAUCUAUAAUUCCUAUUGUGUAGUUGUUCAAUUAUGAAGAGUAACUACUCAAAUACACGCAAUACAUACACCUAAGUAU